AUGAGCCGCUGGCGGAAGCGAAGCCAGGAAGAACGUCGCGAGCUGCUGCACAAGGCCGUGCCUGAGCUCGAGGAAUCGCAGUGGAUCAACUCCAGAUACGGAUACAGUGACGAGAGCUUUCGAUUCGGUGAGCGAACUGCGCAAAGGCGACGCCAACUUUUGGUUCCAUGGCUCAAUGUCGAAGUGCUCAAGACGAGCCCGGCCGUCCUGUUCGCCCUCCUUCAUUAUCGAACUCUAUAUCCGCCAGAGGACUUCGCUGCGCUAGACUGUCAUCAGAUGGAGUCAUCAUGGGCCUGCGGAUAUUUUGACGUCGAGUUCUCUGCCAAAUGCGUCGUCAUGUCCGGACCACAAUACGGCGAUGUUGUCGACUGGAAAGCCCAACAGGCGCACACCGGAUACACUCUAGGCUUCCCUCGGGCGCGACUUGUACUCGAAGCCCAAACCUUCCUCACGCAGAUUCUUUCCAGAAUCACGGAUAACAUUCUUGAGGGUGCAAAUGCUGCAAGUGCCAGUGCGGGAACGGAUAAGUGGAGAGAUCUCACGUCAAUUGGUUUCCGACACCCCGGGGAGAAGGAGCUCUGGUCUCCCUACACCAACCUAGCCUUCUCUCGGCCUCCCAAGCUCGACAUGGACUACAUCUUAUCCAUGGCCCAGACGCGCAAGGAAGAGGCAAUCGACUAUCUCAUCAAUCUUCAGUGCGACCCAGGAUAUCUUCGCCGGCAAAUCAAGGGUCUCUUCAGCACCACGCUAUAUCGCGCGGCAGAUACAGAGUACGCGGCAGCGAUGGUGGCUGACCACAUCUAUAUGGAGUAUCAUCGAUACUUCUGGUGGUACUGGAUUGAGGUUGAGUGCAAGCAUGUGCGGGAUCUACGCGACAAAUUUUCAGACAGUACGCAUCCCGGCCAGUCAAUCCCUCCCAAGUACGACCUGGCACUUGGUGCUUUGGAGCUUCUCCUCAACGAUCAAGGCAUAGAGCGGACUGCUCGCUUCAAAUGUCUCAUGCCCUGGUCUCCGGGACAGGAGAAAUACUACAAACUGCCCAAGAGACCUGGCGUGUCCCUGGAGACGAUCCUUUCCGGCGUGUCGCGGGACUCGAAUCCAUACACAAAGGAAGCUCUAGAGGAAGACCCGCUCGAUUGGUGUCUCCAUCAAAUGUUGGCCAAGCCUGACGACCAGACACACAUUGAUCACGCUAUCCUCUUUGCAAUGAUUGACGAUCAUCUGGCCAAAAAUGACAGAAAGGAAGCAGCCCGUCUUAAUGAGUUCCUCCUGCGCGAAAUGGCAGACAUUUCCGCCCUUCAUGAGUCACUGACUUCUUUGCGCCUCAAUCGACCUCGGAACACCUCCAGGGAAUUUGAAGACGUGUUUCGGACGGAGAAGCGUGGAAUUUGGAGUUAUAUGAAGGAUAAUAAGCCCAAAGAACACUCAUGGCAAGAACUCAAGAAGCUGGGGAAGCCCCUUGUAGACGGCUUUUACAAAGGAAAAGCUCCCAGCGGCGUGAAAAACAAGGCAUGGCUGCAGCAAAGCCAGACUAUGCGAGGCUUUGUCGAGGGAUUCUUCAAGGAAGCGGAGAACGUUAUUCGGAAAGAUCUCGAACGAAUUGGCCUUGAAGCGGAAACCAUCGAAGAGACCCUAAGUGUUGUGCUUGUCCAGAACAAGCCAGAAUAUCUGGAAGCGAUCGCUCGAGAAGAAGAAGAGAUCAUGGCCAAGAUCACCGAGGCCGAAAAGCCUGCCCCAGACACCUUUCUAGACAGAAGCACAGCGACGGAGGGAAUCAUUCGAGCUGAUCUGGUCCAGACGACUCAACGAGAAAAAGUCAAGACCCGCCCCGACAACUCAUCCUCGAGCUCCCAGUCGGUCGAUGACCCGGAGUCUCCCGAUAUCGCCACACUUUCUAUCGAGCCGGUCACACGACUUCGUGUCUCCCCGCGCACUCUUGGAGUGGUCCACCUCAUGUACCCCGAUGCGCAAACAAAGCCGAGAAACAUCACAUGGGACGACUUCGUAUACGCUCUAUGUGAUGCUGGUUUCGUUGCGAGCAACAACGGCGGAUCGGCGGUGCGGUUCGAGCGAGGAUCAAGAGGUGGAUCCGGCGAUAAAGGGGCGAUCAUCUUCCACAAGCCGCACCCGGUGCUCAAGAUCGAUCCCGUCAUGCUCCAUGGCAUGGGAAGACGGCUUACAAAGUGGUUUGGUUGGACUCGUGACUCAUUCGCCGCUUGA